AUGGCGUUGUGGAUAUUCGGUGAUUCUUUUUCCGUGACUUGGACCCUCGCAAUUGGUGCCAUCCUCAUCUUUUUGGCCUAUGACUGGUGGUGCCAUCAGUUUUUCCAAAGGGCGGGAAUUCCUGUGGUCCCAUACUACCCUAUCGUGGGCAAUGCCAUCGACUGGUUGAGGAAAGGCAACAACCUCUAUGCCGAGGAAUGCGUCAUAAAAUAUGGAAAAGUAGUUGGAAUAUACAAAUUCCAAUACCCGAUUCUCUUUGUGUCGGAUAUUGACAUCGCGAAAAGGGUUCUGGUGACCGAUUUCAACAAGUUUCCGAACCACUGGGACAUUCCUGCUGCCGGUUUCCCACUGAAUGGUACUUUGCUUUACAUGAAAGGCCGACGAUGGAAAGACGUCCGUGCCAUCAUCACACCAGCAUUCACAACAAGCAAGCUCAGACAGACAUCUUAG